CCAAAUCAAUUCUUCCACCACCUCGCCGCUCGUCCUCCUCCUUCCUCCCUCCAGCCCGUAGUGGCGACCACGCCUCGCCUCCAAUAAUUCCCCUCGCUCUUCUCCACUCCACCGCCGUCCCGAGCCAGCGUGGUCUACCGGCGGAUUCACCGGGGUAAACCCGCGCUAUGCUGACGCCAUCCAUCUAGCCAGCGCGCCCGAGCCAAGCGUGUGCAAGCAAGCGCGCGCGGCACCACCAGCGAUAGCAACAGCCGGGGGGUAGCUAAGUCCUGCGCACGACUCUCUCUGAGUGUGACCCCAGCACACCUUCUCUUCUCUCUUGAAGCAGAAGUCACUCAAGACUAGUCCGACCAAAUCUAGGAGUACUAUGGCUGUUUCAAUGAGGGAAGUGGACCCUGUCUUUCAAGGGGCUGGUCAAAAGGAUGGAUUGGAGAUAUGGCGGAUUGAAAAGUUACAAGCCGUUCCUGUUCCAAAGGAAUCGCAUGGGAAAUUUUUUACAGGCGAUUCCUACAUAAUACUGAAGACAACUGCCCUUAAAAAUGGUUCUUUUCGGAAUGAUAUCCAUUAUUGGCUUGGAAAAGAUACCAGUCAGGAUGAAGCUGGUACAGCUGCAAUCAAGACUGUAGAACUGGACGCUGCUCUUGGUGGCCGUGCUGUUCAAUACCGUGAAGUACAGGGAAAUGAGACUGAGAAAUUCCUUUCAUAUUUUAGACCCUGCAUUAUUCCAGAGGAAGGUGGAGUUGCAUCUGGUUUCAGGCAUACUGAAAUCAAUGAGCGGGAGCAUGUAACACGAUUAUUUGUCUGCAGAGGAAGGCAUACGGUCCAUGUCAAAGAGGUUCCUUUUGCACGAUCAUCACUCAACCAUGAUGAUAUAUUCAUUUUGGAUACCAAGUCCAAGAUAUUCCAGUUCAAUGGAUCGAAUUCAAGUAUUCAGGAGAGGGCUAAAGCCCUUGAGGUUGUGCAGUAUCUCAAAGACACUAACCAUGAGGGAAAAUGUGAUGUAGCUGCAGUUGAGGAUGGAAAGUUGAUGGCGGAUGCUGAUGCUGGUGAAUUCUGGGGUCUCUUUGGUGGAUUUGCUCCUCUACCAAGAAAGACAUUUUCCGAGCUUAAUGGAAAAGAUACUGCUUUCGCUUCAAAGCUGCUCUGUGUCAAUAAGGGCCAAACAGUUUCUGUUGAUUGUGAAGUUCUAACAAGAGCACUGCUAGAUACAACAAAAUGCUACCUUCUGGACUGUGGAUCUGAAAUCUAUGCCUGGAUGGGUAGAGAAACAGCACUUGAAGAUCGGAAACGAGCAGGGUUGGCCGCUGAGGAAUUACUUCGUGAAGGGAAUCGACCAAAAUCUCAUAUUAUUCGUCUCAUGGAAGGGUUUGAAACUGUCAUAUUCCGAUCAAAGUUUAACAAAUGGCCUAAGAAAGCUGAGGCAGUUGUGUCAGAUGAGAGCAGAGGAAAAGUUGCAGCCCUUCUUAAGCGCCAAGGAUUUAAUGUUAAGGGAAUAGCAAAAGCUGCCCCUGUAAAGGAAGAACCUCAGCCUCAGAUUGAUUGCACAGGAAAUUUACAGGUUUGGCGCGUAAAUGAUAGUGACAAGACUUUCCUGUCAUUCUCUGAGCAAUGCAAGUUCUACAGUGGAGAUUGCUAUAUCUUCCAAUAUAGCUAUACUGGCGAUGAGGGAGAGGAAUGUCUUGUUGGUACUUGGUUUGGAAAAAGAAGUAUUCAGGAGGAGAGGACAGCAGCCAUUUCACUUGCUGAUAAGAUGGUCGAGUCACUGAAAUUUCAGGCAGUUUUGGUUCGCCUUUAUGAAGGAAAGGAGCCCAUUGAAUUUUUCCCAAUAUUUCAGAACUUGGUUAUAUUCAAGGGUGGUGCUAGUACUGGGUACAAGAAAUUUGUCUCAGAAAAUGGCAUUGAGGAUGACACAUAUUCAGAAAAUGGGGUUGCACUUUUCCGGAUCCAAGGUUCAGGACCAGAUAAUAUGCAAGCAAUUCAAGUUGAUACGGCAGCGCCAUCUCUGAACUCUUCUUACUGUUACAUACUACAUGAUGGAGACACGGUAUUUACAUGGGUUGGCAACCUAAGCUCGUCAAUGGACCAAGAGCUUGCUGAGAGACAGCUAGAUGUGAUCAAGCCAAAUCUUCAGUCCAGAUUGCUGAAGGAAGGAUCAGAAUAUGACCAGUUUUGGAAGUUACUUGGAGUCAAGUCUGAAUACCCCAGCCAGAAGAUUGUGAGAGAUCAAGAAAGUGACGCCCAUUUGUUCUCUUGUACUUUUUCAAAAGGAGUGCUUAAGGUUAGAGAGAUUUUCAACUUUGCACAAGAUGAUAUGAUGGCAGAGGACAUAUUUAUUUUGGACUGCCAUUCAUCUGUCUUUGUAUGGGUUGGACAACACGUGGACACAAAAAUACGAGCACAAGCUUUGAGCAUUGGGGAGAAAUUUAUAGAAUUUGACAUUCUAAUGGAGGACUUGUCACGAGAAACACCCCUUUAUGUCAUCGCCGAAGGAAGCGAGCCCCAAUUUUUCACCAGGUUCUUCACUUGGGACUCUGCAAAAUCAGCUCUACAUGGUAACUCAUUUGAAAGGAGGUUGUCUAUAGUGAAGGAUGGAUUGAAACCGAGAAGAGAUAAACCUAAAAGAAGACCAACUACAUCAUCACACACUGGAAGAUCCAGUGUACCUGAUAAAUCACAACGGAGAAGUGCUUCUUUCAGCCCUGACCGUGUAAGAGUUAGAGGAAGAUCACCCGCAUUCAAUGCAUUGGCUGCCAACUUUGAGAACUCCAAUACCCGAAAUCUGUCAACCCCUCCACCAGCUGCUAGAAAACCAUUUUCAAAGUCUUCCCCUGAUCCAGCAAAGCCACCCCAGAGGGCUGCUUCAAUUGCUGCAAUGUCUGCUUCAUUUGAGCGGCCUAGACCGACUUUGAUACCAAAGUCAAUUAAAGCGAGCCCUGAUGUAAACAAGCCCCAAUCUGAAGCAAGCAAACCAAAACCAGAGGUAAAUGCCAAGGAGAGUACCCCUGCUGUGAAGGAUGGACAGACUCUAACUUCAACGAUACAGGAAGAUGCAAAGGAGGGUCAGCCAGAAGACGAGGAAGGGCUUCCUGCAUAUCCAUAUGACCGCUUGAGGACAUCUUCCACCAAUCCUGUCAAAGACAUUGAUCAAACCAGGCGUGAGACAUAUCUAUCUUCAGCGGAGUUCAGGGAGAAGUUUGGCAUGACAAAGGAGGCUUUUGCGAAGCUACCAAAGUGGAAGCAGAAUAGGCUCAAGAUCGCACUUCAGCUGUUUUAAAUCUGCUACUGUGAAAUAGGCUAUUAUCUCUGCUUACUGAAGAAACAAUGAAGAGAUUGGUUUUCAAAGGAAAAUCUCAUUUUCCACGCACAGACACUUGAGGAUCUAUUGCACUCAUGGCGAUGUUAAGAGUCAUUAGAAGUGUUUGCCUAUCCGGGUCAAGGGACCCUUGGUAGGUGUCAGAGGAGCGGGCCCAGUGAGUUUUUAGCUGCUCAUGCUCCCGAAUGGUGUUGUUGACUGACAAUUUUUCAUGUUGUGUCGGAUUGCUGCAUUGGCAAUCCAGCUGCACCGAUUCUUUCCACCCCAGGAUCACAAGUUUGUUUGUGAGCUUGCAAUGCUGCUUUCCCCCCUUGAAAGCUCACAUUUGUUUCAUUUUUUUUCAAGCUGGGGGGUUUCCCCUGAGACAAUAAGGUUCACGUAUAUGAUGUAAGUUAGGCAAUGUCAUGAACAUGGGGUGAAAAAUCCCCUUUCUCCGAAAUUUUAGGCAAUGGAAAGUUGUGUACAAAUCAGUUUGUAAAAUGUCUUGCCUGUUGGUGUCUUGUACUCCAGAGCUGUUCACUUAAAAAGUUGUGGCCAAGAUUUUAGUU